GCUUUCUCUGCCCCCGCCAUUUCCCAACUAACCCCAACUCAAAAUGCAAACCAAAACCCCAAUAUCUCACCCCAUUCUCCUCCCAAGCCCUAACCGCCGCACCUCGCUCCCCCUUCCUUCCCUCUCCCGCCUCGCCUCCCGAAGCUCCGCGCCAAUACGGCGCCGUACUGCUCUAUUAACCUCUUGCAGCGUUCGUGAAAGCGUCGAGUACGAUGGAGACGAUGGCGUUUUGGUCCCUGAAGCGUGGAGGUGAAGGCGGAGGAGUUGGAGAGUCGAGAGUAUAUGGAACCAGAUGAAGGAGAUCGCGAUGUUCACUGGGCCCGCUACUGGGCUGUGGCUGUGCGGCCCACUCAUGAGCCUCAUUGACACUGUGGUCAUCGGUCAGGGAAGCACAAUUGAGCUCGCAGCUUUAGGGCCUGGAACUGUAAUGUGUGACUAUAUGAGCUAUGUGUUCAUGUUCCUUUCGAUUGCGGCUUCGAAUUUGGUUGCCACUUCACUUGCGAGACGGGACAAGAAUGAAGUGCAACAUCAGAUAUCUAUCUUGCUCUUUCUUGGAUUGGCCUCUGGCUUUUUAAUGCUUUUAUUUACGAUGUUCUUCAGUUCAUGGGCACUAACUGCUUUCACUGGAUCAAAGAAUGCAGAGAUAAUUGCUGCAGCAAAUAGAUACGUUCAGAUACGAGGAUUGGCAUGGCUGGCACUCCUUGUUGGUUGGGUUGCUCAGAGUGCAAGCCUUGGCAUGAAAGAUUCUUGGGGUCCUUUGAAGGCCUUGGCUGCGGCCAGUGUCAUAAAUGGUGUUGGUGAUGUAUUCCUGUGCAGCUAUUUAGGCUAUGGUAUUGCUGGUGCAGCAUGGGCAACCAUGGUGUCACAGGUUGUUGCAGGAUAUAUGAUCAUUGAAGCUCUGAACAAAAAAGGUUACAAAGGGUAUGCUCUCUCCAUUCCAUCAUCCAAGGAUCUUCUGACAGUAUUUGGGCUUGCUGCUCCAGUAUUUGUGACAAUGAUUUCAAAGGUGGCUUUCUACUAUCUCCUUGUCUAUUUUGCGACAUCUAUGGGUACACAUACCAUGGCAGCUCAUCAGGUCAUGAUACAAACAUUCUGCAUGUGUACAAUGUGGGGUGAACCUCUCUCUCAAACUGCACAAUCAUUUAUGCCGGAAUUUCUGUUUGGAGUGAAUCAUAGUUUGCCUAAGGCCCGUACAUUGCUCAAGUCACUUGUCAUCAUCGGAACUAUUCUUGGUUCAGUAUUAGGAAUAGUUGGAACAUGUGUUCCAUGGUUCUUCCCUAAUAUCUUUACACCUGAUCAGAAUAUCGUACUAGAGAUGCAUAAGGUGCUAAUACCAUAUUUCAUUGCAUUAGCUGUAACACCCCCGACUCACUGCCUUGAGGGAACAUUACUGGCUGGACGAGAUCUGAGAUUUAUUAGUCUGUCAAUGAGUGGAUGCUUCUCUUUGGGUGCACUUCUACUGCUACUUGUGAGUAGUAGGGGAUUUGGUUUAGCAGGUGUCUGGUGGGCAUUGGCAGGAUUUCAAUGGGCUCAGUUUUUCCUCUCUCUAUGCCGCCUUAUAUCCCCGGAUGGUGUACUUCACUCGGAAGAUAUGAGCCGGUAUGAACUCGAAAAGCUCAGAGCUGUUUAGUGUAGGAAUAGAUGAAUCAUGAGAUAAAGCUAGUGGGGAUAAGGUUGCCCCCAUUACUUUUUUUCUGCAAUAUGAGGCUGCCUUUAUUCAUUCAUCGACCCUAGAAGUAGAAGCUGAGGUGCUGCCUCUAGAAUUGAUGAACUGAUAACAAAAUGGUCCCAAGAUUUAGUAUGUCUAAGCAGCACCUUUGUUCUCUUUGGUCACUUGUUGUAAUUGUUAUGCACUUUAGA